AUGCCUUCAGCAGCUUCCCGACUCGUGCGGAUCGGCCGUGCCGCUCGCUCAGCUGCGGCGACCACAUCUCGCUUCGCCCAAUUCGUUGAAGCAGCGACCCUCUCCACGAAGGCGGUGGCGACCAAACCUCACGCUAUCUUAGGUUCAGAUCGUGCCGCCUCCGUAGAUCUGCGUAUGAACCAAUCCACUGUCCAUGCUCCUCCACGCGCCAUGGCACCUGCCUCCCUGACACUCAGUCACCCAGAAGAACAAAGGCAGGAAGGUAAGGUGAAGUUUGUGGUAGAGGAGAAAGACCUUGAGUCAGAAGCAGCCCUUUGGGCCUUGUAUGAGCGCUGGUGCAAAGAUUUCAACCAAAAGCGUGAUCAUGAUGAGAUGGUUCACUGGUUCAACACAUUCAAGGAGACUGUCCUGCUUGUCCACCGUCGGAACAAUGCUAAUCUGCCCUACAAAUUGGGAAUAAACAAAUUCGCGGAUGGGAAGCUAAGGAAGCUCUGUUGCUGUCAUGAUCCUAUUCUUAAAAAGAUUGAUGAGGAGUUUGGCGACAAACCAGGUGAAUUUAUUCUAGGUGAUGGUGACAAACUUCUCAAGCGAGUCUUCGCUGAUUAUAAGGUGGUUCAUGGCAGACUGUAUGUUCAUUUACCAAAGGGAGUUGAUGUGGAAACCAUCACCACCAAUCCUGAAUGGGUCGAGCUGGAAGCGACCACCAACCCUCCAUACCGAUACCCUACUUACAUCUAG